AGGGAUGGAUGUUUAGCUUGAAAUUACUUAUUUAUGAGUGAUUUCUAAUGAAUUUCAUAAUGAUUUGGGGGGAAAAAAGGAUAAAUUGUGAUCAACAACAGUAACUGUUACUGCCAUUUAAAAUAUAAAUAAAUGUCUGGAUUUACAAUUUAUUCUAAUAAUAGGUUAAAUCAUAAUAUUUGGAGUGUAUGUGUUUUUACCAUUUUUAUUAACUUUUUAUGUAGUUCCCUAUUUUUUUCUGACAUUCAUACAUACAAAAAAUAUCAUUUAAACCAAGCGUGAAAAAAACCAUGAAAAAUUGACAAAUUUGGUUCAAUGUACUAGAGCUGAAAGUGUUAACCUUGUAUUAUACCAUCUUGGUUUUUAAACCAUAAAACUUCAAGGACUAAUAAAACUUCGGAUGUGAAACAAAUAGAAGGUGAACGAAACAGCCUGAUCUGUGUCAACAUCAAUCUCAGCUUCCCUUGCUAAUUACAACGUAUGUCAAGUCAAAGCUUUAUCGGAAUUUCACAAGGAAGAAAAAAAAACACGCAGAGAGUUACAGCUCUAUCCCAUUGUCAUUUCCAACAUCCGUGUGUAAGCCGUGGAAUUCCGGAAUUAGCGAGGAAUUAUUGACAAAAUCAGAACAAUUGAAGUCUUACUCUAUACGCUACUGCACAUGUGACACAGUGUGACAGAUGUUAGAGGAAAAUAUACAAGAGUCGCGAAUGUGUAACAGGAUAAUUAUGCACUCAUUUGUGAAAAAUCUGUUGCCGCUAUUGGAGUAGUGCAAUAACAUUUACAUAACGUGUGACUUGUGGGAAUAUUAAUCAAAAUUAUCCUCAAAAUCUCCCGAAGGAACCCGAACUAAUAGUUAAUAAACAGAAAGUGACAAAAUAUUGAUGAAAAUACACUCAACUCAUGAAAACGCAUUAAACAGAGAAACAGAAAAUUUCGGAGAAAAAUAGUCAUGAUAUAAUUGAUGGAAAUGUUGUCGACAAAUGACAAUUUCUGAAAUUCUCUCCACUUAUACUGAAAAUCAAUAAUCAUAGAAAUAUAUGAGACAGCUUGAAGUCAAUGUAAGAAACCUCAUAUGUUCAUGCAAUUAUUCUACUAUUACUUUUCCGUGAAUGAUCUUGAUAGUAAAUUUCUGUCGGAAAAGAAAAAUAUCUGAAUGAAAAAAUAAUUGUUGUUUUCAAAAAUAAGGAUGAGAUAUCAGAUUCUUUGUGUAGGCUGAACCAAUCUGUGGAGGCUGUGUACAAGGUGUGGCAAUCUUAUUGGAAAAUUUUCUGUGAGAAAAAGCCAUCGUUUACAUGGCAACAAGAGUUCAUUGAUAGAUGUCUAUCAGUUUGCCUUCAUGAUAGUAGUGGAGUAAAUAAUAACAGAAUCUGAAAGGAAUUAAGAAAAUUUUCAUUAAAACUCUGUGAAAAGGAGUAGAAUGGAGAGAUCAGUAUUUCGGUGAAAUAUGAAAUUAAUUUAAAAGGUGUUUUUACAUUUGGAAUGUUAUGUGUAUAGGAAUAAAUAUUUCUGGAUCGUUAUACUGGAUGUAUGUACAUACAAGUCAUUACUCUGGAAUGCAAAUAAUGCAAGAUUGGAAUAUACAUGUUAAAAUGUAUCGUGUGCUAUAUAUUAGUAUUAUUUCUAUCAGUUUGCUCAGUGAGGGAGUUGUUUCGCUUCAUUACGAGUGCAUCCCAUCCAGUCAACAGGAAGUAGGAAUGGGUGUAGCGAACUGUUCCGCUCAGAAACUUGCACAUGUGCCUCCAAAUCUUCCGCAUAAUAUUCGGGUGCUAGAUCUUUCAAAUAAUGAGAUCACAGAACUAACCGACUACUCAUUUGUGAAAUACGAAUCUCUGGAGAUAUUAUAUUUACGCAACAAUACAUUGUCUAGACUGGCGCCUAAGGUAUUUAAUCGUCUAAGAAAGUUGCGUUACUUAGAUUUAUCAUUUAAUAAAAUGGACAAAAUUCCGUCCCAGUCUUUUGGUGAACUGAAAGCUUUAUUGACGCUCUCUCUACGUGGAAACAGGAUUACAUCAAUUCCAAUGAAUACGUUCAAGAAUGUUUCUAAACUUACUAAUCUGUAUUUAUCGGGCAAUCAUAUAGAAUUCAUACAUCCGAGAGCUUUCAAUGGAUUAUUCAAAUUACAACAGCUUGAACUACAAAAUAAUGCUUUGUCAUUUCUUAAUGGAACCAUAUUUAGAUAUUUCAGUUCCGAGCUUAAAGAAAUUAAGCUCUUUAACAAUCCAUGGUUCUGCGAUUGUAACUUACGAUGGCUACUACAGUGGCUUAGAAACGGCAGUGAAUCAGACAUUCAACGUCUCCGCUGGAAAUUCCAUACAGAUGAACCGAUAUGCGUUGGCCCGUCUAUUGUCGAUCAGCGAGCUUUUUCAACGCUGUCUGGGAGCUGGUUUAUCUGUCCAAUCAGAAUGUACUCCAAAGCAAGAAAUAUUGAGACACCAAAAGACAGAGAAGUUGAACUUUUCUGUAAAUAUAUGUCUGAUCCUUUUGUUGAUAUUCAGUGGCUGAAAAAUGGGGAACUUAUAGAUUUAAAGAAAACAAAUAAGUUUGCAGUUGAAUCGGAGGGUGAUACAAUGAUAACUAGUAAACUUCAUAUCUACAACUUUCAAUAUGACGAUAUUGGCGAAUACGAAUGCUAUGCCGAAAACAGGCUCGGUAGAGCUUUUGAUUCAAGUUUGGUAACAUUAGAGGGUGUAGACCCAUCUAGUAUUUUACUUCCAAAAGAGGCCCGUGAGGAUGAUGCAGAGAAAGACAGAACACGGAAUGCCAUUAUCGCUUCUUCAACAAUUGGAGGGGUUGUGUUUUUCUUAAUAAUGAUAGGAAUAAUAGUGUGUCUGGCUGCAAGAUGUAAACGGUAUCACAAAAGAAAGAAAGAAUCGAUUAGAAUGAGUUUCGAGGAACAUUUAAAAGCUAACGGCAUUAUAGAACCAAAUCCUAAGAAUGAACCAAUGGUUUAUGAUGAAGUUCCUGACGGUACUUUAUCAAUAGACGCAGAACUGGAUGAGAAUGAUUCGGUGUAUGAUUCUUUACAAAGACCACGUGUUCCAAGUUCAAGCAACACAAAUACAUAUAUUUCAUUUAAAACAGAGUUUUCUGAACCUGAUGAUGUGCCAACUCAAGUUUAUUCACAAAGUCAACAGACAAAUAACAAUUCGAAAGGAAGUGACGGUUCGCAGUGCGAAUCAACAUCUCCACUUUUAGAAAAUAUCUCACCUAUUCUUAUUGACCCAAAUGAUCCAUUUUAUGAAGCUAAUCUUUACGUUCCUAGACUUUUCGCUUCUACAAACAAUUAUUUAAGCUCAACAAACAAUGAUUAUGAUGAUGAUGGUGGUUUUUUAGUGCGCAAGCACCCGCCAGACUUAUAUAGUCCUUAUUCAGAUGAUAACGGAUUUAUUAUUCCUUCGUACAGUGUUGGUCAAAUCAUGCCGCACAGAGCUUCAACCUUACCACACAAUGGUCAUAUUGGACAUGACCAAACUUACAUUCCUCAAAGAACACGUACAUUACCUCGCGGGUAUUCCCCGUACCAUAUGGCAGAUUAUGGCUCAACUCCAGUCGUACGGAGUAACAGUGUUUCAGCUAACCAUAAAAGUGCUUCAGUGGGACAUCUGGGUAUAAACCCACCAAAAAAGCCACCUCGGAGUUUUAAUUCUAGAGAAACAGUGUCCCUACAUUCACAAAGCAGUUUUGGUGACAAAGAAAAUGGAUUUAGAUUGUCCCUUCCUAAACCUGGGACAGUAGAUAAAUAUGGAACAGCUGUGUAAUAUUUUUGAAAUUUAUUUUUUGAUAUAACAUAAAUAACUUUACUACCAUAUUUCAGUUUUGUGAAACUAAUCUACUAAUCUGAGGCUUAAAAUGAAACAACAUUUAUUUUUUAAAUGUUUAUUACAAACGGUGUUUUUUUCUGUCAUUUUUUUGAAGGGCAUAAUUUGUUAAAACAAACAGAUUCAGAUGACUGACUGUCAUUAUAGAUUCAUCUACUAAUUCUGUACCUUGAAAAAAGUCAUUACUAUUAUUCAAAAUGAAUAUUUGCUAUAAAACUAAGUGGGACAUGUGCUUGUAAAUAUGCUCAAUUCUUUAAAUAAUACUAAACAAGAUCCAUCAGUAAUGUAUGAGAUUUAAUAUUUUUGAAACUGAAUUUCACUCAUUCAACUAUAGUGAAAACGCUACUCACUGGGGGCACUGAUGGCUCAAGCUCCAGGGUUUGUUGGAGCAUCUAUGACUCUAGCACCUUUGAAUUCCGGAGUCGCGAUCAUUCAGCGAUUUUUCAAUUUCCUCUACAAUUAUCUUCUAUGAUUGGAUCACUCUGGAUAAAUCAAGCCUUUUGCACAGCCCCUUAUGGCCUCGAGUGAACCGUGUUUACACUAUAGUUCAGAACUGCACAUAUUAUAGUCAAGGUUUUGUAUAUACAGAAAAUUAUUUUUUGUUGCUUUUCUUAGCUGCAGCUUUUUAAGAACUUUUUUUGUCAAAUUUUAAUCAAGUUUCAUGAAAUACUACAUCAAAAACAUGACUGUUAACAAUAAUCAUGUAUGGUUAUAAUUGUAGACCAUAUUUGCCGGAGGCACUCUGUGUCUAUAUAUUGUGAAAUUCAUGUAUCAUUGAUUUUUUUAAUUGCUUUUGAUAAAAGUAAAUGAGACAUAUUUCAAUUUGAUAUACAAGUAACUGGGACCAUUAUAAAAGUAUGCAGUAUUUUUGUUCAUUUCUUUUUAACAUUUAAGUGCAAUUUCAUUAAUCAUAACAUAAGACUCAUCAAAAUGAAAUGUUAACAAGAACUUAUCUGAUUAACAUGUGUCAUAACACAAUUUAUUAUGAAACAUUGUGAAAUAAAGUGUGUUUAAAAUGUUAAAGAUAUUUAUUUACUUUAGAAAAUGUUUUAGCCAGAAUUGUAAUAAAAUUCCUGUCCUUAGAAUUACUGAAUUUAUAAACAACAUUGUUACGGAGUUAAAGCAGAAAUUUUGUUCCUAUAUGUCUGUAAAAUAGUGGAUCAAAUAUGACUGAUGACAGCACUA